AUGAAAAACAUAGAUUCCAUCAAAGGUUGUAGAAUAGAUGAAAACCAUUUCGACUUAGAAAAAUAUAGCACGUUUUACUGCAAACAAGAUGUAAGAAUUUUAAGAGAAGGUUUUGUUAAGUUCCGCAAUGACAUAUUAAAAGAAUUUGAUUUAAACGUUUAUGACUACGUUAGUAUUUGUUCAAUUGCUAACAAAUUAUUUGAGAACAGAGUGUACUUCCCGAAUGGAAAUCUUUAUGACCUCUCAAAUAAACCAAGAGAAUUUAUUUCGAGAUGCAUUCAAGGUGGAAGAUGUAUGUUGUCAGAUAACAUGAAACAAAAGAGCAAAAAGAAACUCAUUGCUGACUUCGACGCUGUUUCAUUAUAUCCAUCCGCUAUAGCAAGACUCUAUACUUUAGAAGGUAUUCCAAAGGUUAUGAAGGAUGAGAUGUUAAGCACAGAGUAUCUCAUGAGACAUUUAUUCGAUGACGACCAAAAGGAACCCAUUGGUGAAAAGUUUAUGUCCGGUUUCUUUGUUCUCAUUAAGAGUUUGUGA